AUGGCCUCAGACGAACAAAUCAAGGCCACCCUCAAAGCCGUCGUCGACGACUUCCGCGGCUGGCCUCUCGCCCCAAUUAUGCACUUCCCAGACGAAGAGGGCCUCGAUUUUGAAGACAUCUGCUUUCCCUCCGACGACGGCGUCCCCCUGGAAGGCUGGUUCAUCCCCUGCAAGGGCUCCAACAAGAUCAUCAUCGCCAACCACCCUCACUGGUUCAACCGCGCUGGCAUCCCUUCUCACCUCGAGCCUUGGAGUCAGCUUAUGCCCGGAAAUGACUUUGAAGUCAAUUUUAUUCCCGACUACAAAAUCCUCCACGACGCCGGGUACAAUGUCCUGGCGUACGAUCUUCGUAACCAUGGACUCAGUGGGAAGGGAAAUCAGGGCUUGUUUGGCUUCUUUGAAUGGCGUGAUGUUCUUGGUUCGUUGAAGUACGUGCGAGGACGUCCGGAUACUAAGGAUAUGACCAUCGGACUAUUCAGUCGCUGCGCUGGAGCGAAUGCAUCGCUAUCCGCCAUGAGACACCGACCUGAUGCCUUCAAAGGCGUGCGGUGCAUGGUCGCGCCCCAGCCGAUAUCAGCAGGAUCCUCCAUCGGGAAGUUACUCAAGAGCAUGGGCGCUGCGGAUUCGUACAUGGAGGAAGCUGAUCGGAUGUUCUUCAUGAAGACCAGUUUUCACAUAAGUCAAUUAAAUCCCCCAACCGACGCGAAGCACGUCAACGUGCCGACUUUCUUGUAUCAGGUGCGCGACGAUCCUUGUACGACUCCCAAGGAUGUUCAGUCAGUUUAUGACAAUAUCCCGAUGGAGGAGAAGAAGCUGAAGUGGAUUGAGGGGACGGAGAAACGAUGGGAUGGAUAUACGUACUUCCAGAGGGAGCCGGAUCAGUUCUUGGAAUGGUUUACCAAAUUCAUGAACUAG